CCUCAACUGAUGAACACCGCCGGUCUGCCGCUUGAUACAACAGACGAACGUCCCCGCUUGACCCCGCCGCCUCUAACUCUUCCAUCCAUCAAAAGGUUGUCCAAAAUGGCGAGAGAUGGCCUGCCUGCCGAGCGCACGAGCGAUCUGUUUGGCUGGGGUUUGUCAGCAGUGGAGCGAGCUCGGUAUAGUGAGCUGAGAAUAUUAGGAGCAAAAGCUUGCCAUGUUGCAGCCAAUAACCCAUUUUUGUUCGAUAAGUUAAAGAAAACUUUCCAGGAUAUAAUAUCGAAUAAAGAUGCCCCUGAUAAUGAAGCAGAUGGCCACAGAAGUUCUAUGAAGGAGGAGGCAUGUGAGUGUCAACGAGAUGCAGUUGUUAUUGGUGAUCCUCUAAAAGUUUGCACGAAUGGUGCACCUAAGCAAACUCGAAAAGGCCGUGCAAAAGGGGCCCCAGAAGUGACGAAAAAUGGUAGACCAAAAGCAUUUGGCGAGAAAAGUGAUCGUUUGUGCGGCAUAUGCCACAAACCAGGUCAUAACAGGCAAACAUGCAGCGAAAAUCCAAACAAUAUGGCAUAGAGAUGCACCUUAAUUCAUCGAAGGGAGACAGCUAGUUACUCGCAACAUGCCUAAACAACUUAUGUUCUAGUUUUAAAUUUAUAUUACCGAUUUUCAAUUUCUAUGUGUCUGUGAUGUGAGACAUGACAUAUUUAUGUGAGU